AUGGAGGCUGAGUGCGAGGAGUUUCUUCUGGGCACUCAGCUUGGCUCUCAGCUGGGGUCCGCGGAGGCCUGGUGCCUAGUUGAUGUUCUUGGUCUGAUCGUGAAGGAUCUCGGCUUGGAAGCUGCCUGCCGCUGUCGGCUGCUUUGCAAAGGUGCCCUCUUUUCAGCUGGCCUUGGGCCGAAAGGAAUGCAGCUGGCAGCCGAAGACACUGCUUGGAUAGAGACGCAGCGUGAGGAGAGCAAGAUCGCUGUCAGCUUGGCUGCACUUGCAACCGGCAACAGCGGCAUGGGCAGAUCUGCAGCAUCGGAAGUCGCCAGAGCCGUGGCCUUCUCCACGUUCACGAAGUCCAAGUCUCUGGAUCUGUGGUCGCCAGACACGAUGGGACGUCCGCCCUUGGUUGCUGCAGCUUGUUGCAGCCGGCAGAAUGGCUGGGGUAGUUCAUUGCUUACAGCACUUCUCGAAGCACGCGCUCAGCCGGAGGCUUCCAGUCCGGACGGAUGGAAUGCGCUGAUGUGGGCCUCCCAGCUGGGGAACCAUGAAGACUGCCAGGUGCUGUUGAAGGCCCGGGCUUGCCCAAACGCGGUCUCAGCCGAUGGCACCUCCCCUCUGCUUUGUGCUGUGCGUGCGGACCGUCAGCCUUUAGUCAUCGUGAAGCUGUUGCUCUCCUACCGAGCAGAUCCGGCCCUUGUUCCCAUGCAAAGCCCCUUCGAUGAGUACGUCGACAUGGACGUUCGCCAAGCCCUGGCUAGCGCACCUCAUCGCCGCUAG